AUUCCCUUGACAAAAGCGAGAGAGAAGGAAAGGGAAAAAGAAAGAAAAGGUUAGUGUAUGUAUGUCUUGGCAUAGUUGGUUGCUUGCUUAGCCUGUAGCAUCAAUUUGCUGAUUUACAGCGAAAGAAAGAAAGAAAGAAAGAAAGAAAGAAAGAAAGAAAGAACAAGAGAAGUAACACAAGUUUAGAGAUAACACACAAAACAUGUUCGAUGGAUUGCCAUCAUCAUCAGAACACUUCCACCAAUUCAUAACACCAAGGACCACUACUUCUACUACUCUUCCUCUUCCUCAUCAUCAUCAUCAUCAUCAUCAUCAUCACUUAUCACCAUCAUCAUCAUCAUCAUCUUCGUCCUUCUCCCCACUACUCCAUCAUCAUGCUUCUCUAACCCCCAUCAACACCAACACCUUCUUACCAUUUGACCCUUAUAACCCUCAUCAUCAUCAACAACAACAACAACCAAAUGCCACGUUUUCUUCAGUACUCAAUAACAAUAACUUGUUCCACACUAGUGCUACUGAUGAAAGACUUCAAACACAGGUAUUACCAAACGACUUGAUUGAUUCUUCCUGGAGCAACGAUGAAGUUGUUGCACUCUUGAGGAUCAGAUCAACCAUGGACACUACUUGGUUCCCUCAACUCACUUAUUGGGACCAUGUCUCUAGAAAGCUAGGAGAGCUUGGAUUCAAGAAGAGUGGUGACAAGUGCAAGGAAAAAUUCGAAGACGAGACAAGAUAUUUCAACAACUACGCCAAGAACAAUAGUUACCGAUUUCUUAAUGAGCUUGAAGAGUUCUAUCAAGGUGAUAAUCAUAAUGAAAACCCUAUGGUAGAUAACCAAGAUCAUGUUGUGACUGAAAAGACUCAAGAGUUUGAACACCCAAUGAAUGCCGGAGGAGGCGAUAUAGAAGAAGUAGAAGAAGAAGAAGAAGAAGAAGAAGAGGAGGACGAGGAGAGUUCAAGAGAUGGCAAAUCAGUGAAAGAACAAUGUGAAGAAGACAAUGAGAGUGAGAAGAAGAUGAAGAUGAAGAGGAAGAGGAAGAGGCGUUGCAGGUUUGAGAUGUUGAAGGGUUUCUGUGAGAGCAUUGUGAACAACAUGAUGGCUCAACAAGAAGAGAUACAUAACAAGCUCAUUGAAGACAUGCUGAGAAGAGAUGAAGAGAAGCUUCAAAGAGAGGAAGCAUGGAAGAAGCAAGAGACUGAAAGGAUGAACAAGGAGCUUCAGAUUAUGGCCCAAGAACAAGCCAUUGCAGGUGAUAGGCAAGCUUCCAUCAUUGAAUUCUUGAAGAAAUAUGCAGCAACAAACCCUAACAAUAAUGAACCAACACCUUCUUCUUCAAAACUGAUUAUUCCAUCAAGUCAUCAAGUUCAAAACAGUUCCGGAUUUUGUUCAAUUCCACCAUUAUCAGCAGAAAACCCUAGCUCUAUGAGUGACACAUUAUUACAACAAGUACAUUCUUCUUCCACCCAUUCAUCUCCAGCUUCCCACAACAACACUACUAGUUCUUCCUCCCUCAACCGCCACGAUAACUAUCACUCAAAUUUGCUUGUUAAGCCGUUAGUAACAGAUCAGAAGGAGAAUAAUGUUGGGAGAAGAUGGCCAAGAGAUGAAGUUUUGGCUCUCAUAAACCUUAGAUGUGAGAGCAUUAAGAUGAAUAAUAAUGCUGAAGAGAGGGAAAGUGGGAACAAUAAUAAGAUUCCUCUAUGGGAAAGAAUCUCACAAGGGAUGUCAGAUUUGGGAUACAAGAGAAGUGCAAAGAGGUGCAAAGAGAAAUGGGAGAACAUAAACAAGUACUUCAGAAAAACCAAGGAUGUUAAUAAGAAAAGGUCCAUUGAUUCAAGGACUUGUCCCUACUUCCAUCAACUCAAGAGUCUCUAUGAUGAAGGAAAGCUUGUUCAUCAACCGGAGACGACCACGCCGGAAAACCAUUCCGGGCAACUGCUUCCUCCUUCUGAUCAUGUGGGGUCUGGUGGCGGUUUCAGUGAUGAUCAUGAGAAAACUUUGAUACAAGAGCCACCAUUGAAUUUUGGUUAGUUUUGAUUCAUUUAUUGCCGAAAUUUUCCAUGAUCAGCUGAGGUAAUAAUUAUUAGUACCAUUCCUUCUGUGUCUUACUGUUUUGCUUUAUUUUCUUUUUGAUUUUGGUGGUAGUGGUGGUGGU